AAACGUUUUAUAAGCACGGGCCCUGGAAAGUUCAGUUUUUGUGUGUAAAAACAUUUUGUAACAUUUCGUAAAUGAUUUUUUUUCCACAUGGUAAAUAGUCAUGCAAUAAUAACUGGUAUAUUUGUACGGACUGUUUUGAACAUUUACCUGUCAGCAGGCGGCAGAAAAAGAAAACACAACACCACACGCAUGGACUUUCAUUAAAAAAAGAUAAAAAGAUAAAAACUUUAUUGCAUAAAAAAAUUCCACAUAUGGAACUGGAUGCAAAACAUAUGCAUAAACAUGAACCUAGGCUAUAAUAAUUAUUAUGAUGAUGAUCUUGAUUCGUGACGUCACCACCGGUUUAACAAUAGGGCCUAUAAGAUAUCAUAUGGAUAUGUGACCGCGCAUCAACUCGGCCUUCUGCGGGGCAAAUCCUGGCUAUCACAAGAAUGUUUAAUCCAUGAAAAUGGUUGUAGACCUACCGUGAAUUACACUGAACAAGUUCGGCAGUCACCGGCUUUACCGCUAUGAUUGUGGAGACGCUGUUGUCGUUGAACGGUGUUGGACACUGGCUCUCCUCGUGUGCCGUGUUCGGUGUCGUCUUUCUCACCGUGCGCUCCUGGAUGGGGCGCCAGUCGAACCUCCCCCCUGGGCCCGUCCCUGUCCCCGUGCUGGGCAGCCUACUGCAGGUGGCGGGCAAAGACAAGAUAAAGCUGUUUGAAGAGUUCCGAGCCAGGUACGGCGACGUUUUCAGCUUCUACAUGGGCAGUCGACUGGUCGUCGUCGUCAACGGCUACAGCAAGCUCAAGGAGACUUUUGUCACCAACGGCAACGUCUUUUCAAACCGGCCGCACGUCUUUUCGGUGGACAUUGUGGGGCAGGGAAAAGGUGUCGUUAACGGUUCGGGCGAGGUGUGGCAGGAACAUCGCAAAUUCACCUUUAAAUGUCUGCGGCAGUUUUGUUUCGGCAACGAUUCUUUAGAAAUAAAGAUCCGAGAAGAAGUACAGUCGUAUUUUGAUGUCCUUGAUAGAUUUGAAGGUCAAGACAUGGAUCCCAGCGAUCACAUCCAAACAGCCAUUGCCAAUAUCAUUUGUUCCAUCGCAUUUGGUGAACGAUUCCAGUAUAACGACCCCAAAUUUAAACAUCUCCUGGAGAUAUUCGAGGAAAACAUGCGGCUCGUUGGUGGGAUGUCUCUUCUGAACUUCUUCCCAUUUAUCGAUGCGCUCCCAGGAGACAUGUUCAAGAUGAAACGGAUUCUUAAAAACAUUGCAUGUGUCCAGUCGUUUCUUUCAAACAUCAUAAGCCACGAAACAGCGACUUAUGACCGCUAUAAUGAAAGACAUUUCGUGGAUGCCUACUUGAAAGGAAUGGCAGAGAAGAAAGCUACCAAUAAAACAACAACUAUGGCAGACGACCAGUUGUUGAAGUUGGUGGGCGACCUCUUUGUGGGCGGCACGGAGACCACGUCGACGACGCUCAGGUGGGGGCUUAUCUUCCUCGUGCGGCACCAGGACGUGCAGCAGAAGGUGCGUGACGAGAUCGAUGCGAACGCCGGCCCAGACGUCGACGUAAACGACGACGCCGACAUCGUUAUGAUGGAAGAUAAGAACAGCAUGCCGUUCACGUGGGCCACUAUUUUCGAAAUUCAGCGAUUCGCGGACAUCGCGCCGCUGUCCGUGGCGCACGGCUUAUCCCGGGACGGGCAGAUUGGGCAGUUCUUCAUCCCCCAGGACGCCCUCGUUAUACCCAACAUCCACUCCGUGCACUUCGACCCGCAGAUCUUCAAGAACCCAAACAAGUUCCAGCCGGACAGAUUUAUAAACGAACAAGGGAAGGUGAACGUGCCUCGUGAAUUUAUUCCAUUCUCACUGGGUCCCAGAGAGUGUUUGGGGAAGAAUGUAGCGAAAAUGGAACUGUUUAUAUUUUUUGCCUCUAUGAUCAAACGUUACUUGAUUCUGCCACCUGAAACUGGCGAACUGCCAAAGAUGGAGGGAGUCCUUGGAGUUACUAGAACCCCACUGCCAUACAAAAUCCGUUUUGUUAAAAGGUCUCAAUCAUGAAACAUACACAAUAUAAACAACAACAAUAACCAGGCGCAAGGGAUCCGGAACACCCCCACCCCACCCUCUAGUUUGGUGAUGAAUUAAAUUUUACUUUGUGUAAGGUGAGGGGACCCGUCUUGGUUAUCAACACCUCAGAACUACUAGUUACAGGAAUAUUAUGUCGCCCCCCCCCCCCCCCACCCCCAUUAAGUCGUGAAUCCACGCCUGGUACCGACAUAAGAAUUAUAAUAACAUGGACAUCAUAAUAGUUGUUAAACGUGUUACGAAUUUAUUGGAUUGCUUUAGAACUUUCGCUAAUUAUGAUCAUAAUUAUGUAUUAUAUCACGAGUGCGUUUACAGUAGUACGUCACGAGCGACAGCGAGCGAUUGUGACUAAAACAUACAAGUUGUACAUGUAGCCUAACGUAAACGGCCUCUUACGUGAACGAGUUGUAUCGAUAUUGAAGGUUAGUGCCAUCAUUAAUGAAGGUGUCAAUUGUUGAUGAAGAUGUUACUGUUAACUAGUGUUGCCGUUACUGAUCGUGUUAUUGUUAACCAGUGUUACCGUUCUUGAAUGUGUUAUUGUUAACUAGUGUUACCGUUCCUGAAUGUGUUAUUGUUAACUAGUGUUACCUAUACUGAAUGUGUUAUUGUUAAUAAGUAUUUAUUUCUGUUAAUGUGUGACCAUUGUGAACAAGUGUUAUAUUCAUGGUGUUACUAUAGUUACAGAAUGCUGUGUGAAUGAAGGUGUUACCAGUUAAUGUCAAGGCAGGUGUUAUUAUUCUUAACGACUGUGAAUAAGUCGUAUAUGUUAAUGAAUGUGUUAUUACAUUUAACGAGUGUUAUUAUUAAUGAAGGUGCUAUUACUGUUAACGAGUGUUCGUGUUAAUGGAUGUUAAAUGUGAAAUCUCUAUUAACAUUAAAAUGAAGCAAAAGUGGAUUACAGAGGUAUUCGGAUGUAACAAUCUUUAGCUGUAUGCAUGCUCCAUGACCAAAACAGAAGAAGUCUUUGCAAAACCAGGACAGCUCAUUUGCCAGUGUUAGGAGAUCAUGUUUAUCGAAGUACCUACAUUAUAGAUGUUUUAUUAUCAUUUGUGACGGCGAGUUCAAUCAGCUCAGUAUGUACAUGCUUGUAGUAAAUAAUUAUGUACAAAAACAGCGCGAGCGUUUCAUUAAUUUUGUGACGAGAAAGGUUCCCGCGGGAUGCUAAAUAUUGAUAUGGGCCUGAACGUGUGUGUGUCCAUGCUCCAUAUACUUAAUAAUUUAGAAUAAUUAGUUUGGCACAACCAUUGAAUUUUUGUUGUGUGGUCAAUAAUGUCUUUCAAAACUGUAAUAGAAGGCUGUUUGGCCACUAAAACAUC